UUAGAAUCUCAUAAAUGUAGACUAAAUCAAUCAUGGAUUAUGAAGGAAAAGUAUUUCGAUGCUUUGCUGUUUAUGAUUGCAAUAAACAAUAAGUUUUAAUAUCUAUUAAACGUCAUUGUGGCAAUCUAUUUUCAGAAACUAUUUUACAAGUUCAAGAAUAUGUAAAGAUAAAUCUACUCGAUUCCUAACGUAAUUAAUUUAAUAUUCCUGGUGGAUAAAGAUGUGAAUGGCAUGGAAGAUUAGAUGAAAAAAAAAGUAUUUUAAUAUCAUUUAAUUUAAGACUGUUACUUUUUAAUGAUGACCUUUCCAGGAUCACAAUAAAGCCUUAUACAAUAAUCCUUACUUGAACUACAAAAGAUAGUCUUUUCUAUAUCCAAUUAUAAUAAUGUAAAAAAAAUUAAUAAAUAUUUAAGUUAAAUGAUACAACAUUUCCAAAUUCAAAAAAAUAGGAGCUCUAUUCAAAAUUAGAUGAACUUGAAUAAAAAUAUAUUUAAAAUUUUGGUCCAGAGGGGUAACCUGAUGAAAUUGAAAGAGGUUCACAAUCAUAAUAAAAGAAUAAAUCUAAUUUACAAUUUCUAUAAAGCACUCCUCAGUACUUUUAUUAUUAAUACUUUUAGAAUUAGCUAAAUAAAAAAUUCAGGAUAAUAAUAGAAAAUUUAAUUUCAAUAUCGAAAAAAUUCUGUAUAUAGAUGUUUUAUGAUCUAUAAUGUAGUUGGAAAUAAAACACUUUUUUGUUUAAAAAGAGGAAGCUCAAAAUCUUAUGAAGAAACAAAGGGAUUGCUAAUCAAUUAAAUAAAAAAGCAAAUAUUUGAAACAACUAAAUUUGAAAUUUAUACUCAAGGAAAUUAAAGAUCUGAAUGGUAUGGUAUUUUAGAUGAUAAAAAAUGUAAAAUAAAUUUAUUUUUUUAGCCUGUUACUUUUUGAUGAUGACUUUUCCUUCAUCAACAAAGAAAAAUGUUAUUGAAGCUUUAGAAGAUUUAAAAAAAAUAUUUAAUCAAAUUCCAAAUUAUGAUAUUAUUCAACAAGAUGAUCUUGAAAGACGAUUAAAAUCAGAUGUUUUAAAAUAAAUUGAUAAUCUUGAAAUUAAGUACUUUAAUUUGAAUGGAAAUGAAGGUGUUCCUAGUGAUGAUGAAUAAUCUGAAAUUAGAAGAGAUUUUAUAUCUUCAAAUUGCCCAUAACAUAGUUAAAAAAUGAAUUCUCAAACUGCUAUCAAAGAGCAUUAUAGCUUUAAUCCUCCUGAAAUAUAAGAAAGUGAAAAAAAUUUAUAUGAAGCACUUGAAAUUAAUUUAAAAAGAGAAGUAGAAGAAUUAGAUACUUUUAACCCUAUACUAAAAGAUGCUCAAAAUUACAUUUAUGUAGGAAUAGGAAUAACAUUUUUCUUAUUAGCAUUAUUGGUUAUAUUAAUAACUUGA